AUGUGGGACAAGGACGAAAAGGUCGAUUCGCGGCCAUCCUCGAGUGGCAGAGACGCAAAACCUAGGCCACAUUAUGGCGACGAUAGGACUGGGGACCGGAGCUCUCGGCGCGACGAUGACCACCGUAGAAAGCGGUCCCGAUCCCGAGAAUAUUACGAAAGGAGGAGAGAUCGAAGUCGAUCUGGGGAGAGAUCACGUCGCGAGAGAGAUAGAGGUGCGAGGGACCGGGAUGUUAAUGGGACUGGCAGGCGGGAAAGGAGCAGAAGUCGUGACAGACACCGGCCGGCUAGAGAUUAUCGCAACGAUCGCCCGUCUCGGCGGUCACGCUCCCGGUCCCCGGUAACAAAUGGCGGCAGCACCUCUGUGCGGACACGAUCACCCCCUCGACGGACAGAACACGACCGGCCGCGGUCACGAGAGAGAAAGGGCGCAGGUGAAUUGAAAGCUGGACCAGUGGAGAAAGAGACCGCGUCGACGAAUGGCGACCACAUGGCGGUCGAUGAACUUGAUGAAGAAGAACUCUUGAAGAAAAUGAUGGGGUUUACCACUUUCAAGACUACGCAAAACAAGAAAGUCCCUGGGAAUCAGAUUUAUGGUGUGAGGAAGGAGAAGAAGACAGAAUACCGACAGUAUAUGAACCGGGUGGGAGGCUUCAACAGACCUUUGAGUCCUACGCGGUAG